AUGUUCUUAGUGAAAAAUAAUUCGUCUGCAAUAUAUCGAUUUCAACGUUUUUUAUCGAUAUAUAAAAAAAAUAAGGAAAAAUAUUUAAUUUCAUCAUCGGUAAAAUUAAAUUCAACAAUGAAGCAACUUAUUGAUGCUAAAAAAUAUAAAGAAGCUCUCGAUGUUUUCGAUUCAAAAUUUGAAUUAUGUACAGAUUAUAGUAUUAAUAUGGCAAUCAAAGCAUGUACUAUAAUUAAUGAUUAUAAUCGUGGUGUUAAUAUUCAACAAAAACUUUCAUCAAAUUCACUCAAUAUGCAAUGUCAUGAUAUGGAUAGUGCAACUCGUCUAUUCUCUACAGUAACAAACAAAUCCAGUUAUAUCUAUACAGCUAUGUUCAAAGGUUUAAUCUCUAAUAACAUGUCAGAGAAAGUAUUGGAUUUAUUAGAUGAAAUGACAUUUAAACCUGAUAAUUUUAAUCUCACAGUUUUAUUUAAUGCAUGUGCUGAAGUUGCCAAUGAUCGAGCGGUGAAGAUUGGAAGAAAAUUAUUUGAUGAAAUGCCUCAUUAUUAUCGAAAUGAUAUUGUCUUAUUAAAUUCAGCAAUACAUAUGUUUAUGAAAUUUGGUGAUGUUCAAAAUGCUGAGCAUAUUUUUGAUUCAAUGAAGAAAAAAGAUAUAAUUACUUAUAAUGCUAUGAUGAAAGGAUAUGUUGGAAGUGUAAUGUCUGAAAAAGUCUUGGAUUUAUUUGAGCAGAUGCAUUUAAAAUUAGAUAAUGUAACUUUUAUUAUUAUUUUUAAUGCUUGUGCUCAACUUGCUAAUGAUCGAGCAAUGAAAAUUGGAAGAAAACUUCUUGAUGAUAUGCCUAAUGAUUAUCAAAAUGAUAGUGUUGUAUUAACUUCGGCAACACAUAUGUUAAUGAAAUUUGGUGAUGUUCAAAGUGUUGAACAUAUUUUUGAUUCAAUGAAGAAGAAAGAUAUAAUUACUUAUAAUGCUAUGAUGAAAGGAUAUUUCGAAAAUGACAUGUGUGAAAAAGUCUUGGAUUUAUUUGAGCAUAUCCAUUUAAAUUUAAAUCAUAUAACUUAUAGUAUUGUUCUUAAUGCUUGUACUCAACUUGCCAAUGAUCGAGCAAUAAAAAUUGGAAGAAAACUUGUUGAUAAUAUGCCUCAUAAUUAUCGAAAUGAUAUUGUUUUAUUAAAUUCAGCAAUACAUAUGUUUAUGAAAUUUGGUGACGUUCAAAAUGCUGAACAUAUUUUUGAUUCAAUGAAGAAGAAAGAUAUUAUUACCUAUGGUGCUAUGAUGAAAGGAUAUGUUGGAAAUGUAAUGUCUGAAAAAGCCUUGGAUUUAUUUGAGCAGAUGGAUUUAAAAUUCGAUAAUGCAACUUUUGUUAUUGUUUUUAAUGCAUGUGCUCAACUUGCCAAUGAUCGAGCAAUGAAAAUUGGAAGAAAACUUCUUGAUGAUAUGCCUAAUGAUUAUCAAAAUGAUAGUGUUGUAUUAACUUCGGCAACACAUAUGUUAAUGAAAUUUGGUGAAGCUGAAAGUGCUGAACGUAUUGUUAAACUAGUAAGAAACAAAGGUAUUAUUACUUAUGGUGCUUUAAUGAAUGGUUACAAUAUGAAUGAUGAACCAUGGAAAUGCUUUAAAAUUUUGGACGAAAUGAAACAAAAAGAUAUCGUUCUAAAUGAGAUCAUAUGGAAUAUACUUAUUGGUGCAUGUUCAAAAAUUGGUAUGAUUCGACGAUCUCAGUAUAUUAUUGAUCAAAUUCCUUUGCAUAUUCAAAAUCAAAAACAAAUACAAAAUUCAUUGAUUCACAUGUGGAGUAAAUGUGGUUCUAUUGAAAAGGCACAAAAUGUAUUUAAAUCAGUUUAUGAUCGUGAUAAUGUGACAUUCAAUGCAAUGAUUAAUGGAUUUGGACUUAAUGGAAUGGGUUCUGAAGCUAUUGAAUUAUAUAGACAGAUGCCGAAUAAUCUACAUGAUGAAGUUUCACAUAUUUGUAUAUUAAAUGCAUGUUCUCAUUCGGGUCUUCUUCAUCAAGCUCGGAGUAUUUUCAAUGAAAUUUCUUUGAAAACAGAAAAAAUCGUAACUGUUAUGACUGAUUGUUUAAGUCGUUUGUUUCUAUUUGAUGAAGCAGAAAAGUUGAUAGAUGAAUAUGAAAAGACAAAUCCACCAAAUUUUGUUAUGUAUAUGUGUUUAUUAUCUGGUGCACGUAAUAAUCGCAAUAGAAAUUUAUCUGAAAAGAUAUAUAAUCGAAUGAAAUGUUUGUUUCCUGAUCAAAAACAACGUCUUCUAUCAGGUGCAGUUCUUCUAUCGAACAUAUAUUCAUCUGUUGGUGAACAUCAAUUAGCAAAAAACUUUCGAUCCAAUCAAAUAAAAGAAUUAGGAACAAAAGUCAAAAUAGGAUUAUCAUGGACUGAUGGUAGUGGUGAAAUAGUGACAUUCAAAGCUCAUGAUCAUUCUCAUCCUCGAUCAUCAGAAAUUCAUGUUGAAGCUGAUCUUAUAACAUCUGAACUGAUUGAAGAUGGUUACAAGUGUGAUUCUUCUUGGGUAACUCGUGAAUUACACGAAGAAGAAACUAUUGAAUCAGUUUUAUGUGGUCAUAGUGAAAGAUUAGCAAUAGCCUUUAAUUUCAUUCAACGACCAAUUCCAGAAUUUAUUCAAAUCACAAAAAAUCUUCGUGUUUGUGGUGAUUGUCAUGAAGCUACAAAACGAAUAGCAAGAAUUCGACAACGUGAAAUUAUUGUUCGUGAUGCUAAUCGCAUUCAUCAUUUUUAUAAAAACGGACAAUGUUCAUGUCAAGAUCAUUUUUGA